AUGUUGGCAGAUCGUUCCUCGAACAUCACGUUGAAAAACUUAAAAAACAAUUCAUCUUUAGAUAAAUUUUGGAUAGAAGUUCACAGCGAAUAUGAGGUAUUAAGUGAAAAGGCGUUAGGAGUCCUACUUCCUUUUCCUUCAACAUACUUAUGUGAAAGUGGAUUCUCAGCAGUCACUGCAACCAAGACUAAAUAUCAAAAUAGAUUGAAUGUGACGCCGACACUAAGACUUUUAUUAACAAACCUUACUUCAGAUAUUGAUAACAUAUGCAGUCAUAUUCAAGCGCAAUCAUCCCAUUAA